AUGGCUGCUUAUGAUCCACUGAACAAGGCUUCCAGAGCCUCCGACUUCGAGAACUAUUUGACUGGAUCUAUAACCUCCACUCCUAGUGGAUCUAUAACCUCCACUCUUAAUGGAUCUAUAACCUCCACUCCUAGUGGAUCUAUAACCUCCACUCUUAAUGGAUCUAUAACCUCCACUCCUAGUGGAUCUAUAACCUCCACUCUUAAUGGAUCUAUAACCUCCACUCCUAGUGGAUCUAUAACCUCCACUCUUAAUGGAUCUAUAACCUCCACUCCUAGUGGAUCUAUAACCUCCACUCCUAGUGGAUCUAUAACCUCCACUCCUAGUGGAUCUAUAACUUUCACCCCUUAG